CACGAACACGAAAUAUUUGUUCAAGAAGCUCGGACAAAAUGGGGACACCUCUCAAAACGUACGGCAAGAAGCCCGAUGUUUUCCACUUUGAAGAAGGAGGAGAGCGUUAUAUGAUAGGUUCUGAAGUGGGUAAUUACUUGAGACUUUUCAGAGGAUCAUUGUACAAGAAAUACCCGUCACUAUGGAGGAAAAUGGCAAGCAUGGAGGAGAGAAAAAUGAUCGUCGAACAGGGCGAACGAUUUGGCCAACACGGGCUGGCUACAAACGUGACUCUGCUGCGAGCGAGAGAAGUGGAAGAGAUCCUAGAGGGCAACGAGGAGAAGUACAGGUCUGUGUCCAUCACUACAGACAGUGCAGUGGCAAGGGACCCUAAACCAAAGCGCAGUCGUGACUGGGUACCUGCCAUCCCUAAUAGCUCUCACCAUCUAGAUGCAGUACCAUGCUCUACAGCCAUAUCAAGGACCAAGAUAGGACCAAAGAAGCAGAGGACAUUCCCUAUGUGUUACGAUGAUCACGACCCUGCUAUCAUCCAUGACAACGCAACCCAACCUGAUGUCCUGGUUCCUAUAAGGCUAGACAUGGAGAUAGAUGGACAGAAGCUGAGAGACACAUUCACAUGGAAUAAAAAUGAACAACUCAUCACUCCAGAGAUGUUUGCAGAAAUCCUAUGUGAUGACCUUGACCUGCCGGCUACGACCUUCAUACAACCCAUCUCCCAGGCAAUCAAAACUCAGAUAGAAGCUUAUCCCACGGAUACAAGUAUACUGGAUGCACAUAGUGAUCAGCGAGUUAUCCUCAAGCUGAAUAUUCAUGUUGGCAAUAUCUCGUUGGUGGACCAGUUUGAAUGGGACAUGGCUGAGAAAGACAACAAUCCGGAGGAGUUUGCCCUCAACCUGUGUGCUGAUCUAGGUCUAGGUGGGGAGUUUGUCACUUCCAUUGCAUACAGCAUCAGAGGACAGCUUAGCUGGCAUCAACGGACUUACGCUUUUAGUGAAUCACCGUUGCCAACCGUAGAGAUAUCUGUACGCAAUCAAGGCGAGGCUGACAGCUGGUGUCCGUUCUUAGAGACUCUGACUGAUGCAGAGAUGGAGAAGAAGAUAAGAGAUCAAGAUAGAAACACAAGGAGAAUUCGUCGUCUUGCAAACACUGCUCCAGCUUGGUAGGAAAGACUGACGGCAGCACAAUACAAUCCAGAUCCAACAUUUGUUUUUAAAGACAUUCAACAUACCACGAAGAUUAAUAUAACAUGGUAGAUCAACAAACUAGUUUGGCUUUUAUUUCCUGCAAAUUAUUGUUCAACUCUCCUCAAUUUGUGCCAUGUAAUCUUUAUUUAUUGCCUUCAGGGUACUUAUCAAGUUUGCUUGUGUUUUAAAAUGUCUAUAAUACUAGGGCUUGAUAAAAACCAGCGUUAUGAUCGCGCAGACCGAAGUAAUCGCCCAGCCUAUGUGGAUGAAUCUUGUGGUCCACCAAUGUUCAAAGGCAGUUGAAAGGUCUCAAGCAUUAAUAAGAAAAAAGCUUGUCUGUUAUCAAUGGCACAAUGUUUAUUGUUCAGAAGUCCAAUGAGUGCAUUCUCGGUAGGAAUGGGGUCUAAAGAGCAAGAUUUGACAUUUCAAAAUCCUAGCUUUGAGACAUUUUCACUCACAGGAUCAACGUGAGUGUGGGUAGAGUCGGGUUUAUAUGUGCAUGGGGAUACACUGGAUAUUAAGCCACUUUC